GGAACAGGAGGAGCACGAAGGGGAGCAGCCCCAGGAGCAGCAGCAGGGGCCGGAGCAUUGCGGGGUUCCCCGGCGAGCCCGCUGAGCCCGCAGCUCGCUGGCCCCGGCAGCAUCGCAUUGCCCCGCAUCCCGCAGGAUUUCCCAUUCCCAAACCUCAUCUGGAUAGAGGAGAAGGCUGCGAGGAAGAGGAAGAUGUCCCAGGACACCCAGGCAGACAAGGAGCUGAGCAUGGAGAGCAGGGAGGACAAAUCCCCACAGCAGAACCUGGUGGCAGAGGCCGUUUUGAGCGGCUCCAUGGCGCAGGAAUCCAACAGGGAGGAAAAAGCCCCGGAGGUCCCUCAGGAGGAGGGGCUGCAAACCCAGCCCAGGGUGCUCUGAGGAGGAAAGACCCACCCUGAGCCAGGAAGGCAGCCAGAGAUCUGGCCAGAGCUCUGAGGUGGUGCUCCAUGAGCAGCUUGACGAUGGCAAGAAGCCCCACCAGUGCUUGGAAUGUGGGAAGAGUUUCCCCACGAGCUCACGCCUGGUGCGCCACAAGAGGAUGCACACCGGGGAACGGCCCUACGAGUGUGGGGAAUGUGGACAGAGCUUCAGCCAGAGCUCAACCCUGAUCUCCCACGAGAAGAUCCACACUGGGGAAAGGCCCUAUGAGUGUGGGGAAUGUGGGAAGAGCUUCAGAGACACCUCUGGCCUGAUGGUCCACCAGAGGAUGCACACCGGGGAACGGACCUACGAGUGUGGGGAAUGUGGGCAGAGCUUCAGGUUCAGCUCCCACCUGAUCUCCCACCAGAGGAUCCACACCGGGGAACGGCCCUACGAGUGUGGGGAAUGUGGAAAGAGCUUCGGCCUGAGCUCCAGUUUGAUCCACCACCAGAGGAUCCACACUGAUGAACGGCCCUAUAAAUGUGGAGAAUGUGGGAAAGCCUUCAGGGAGAGUGGCCAUCUGAACCGCCACCAGAUGAUCCACACUGGGAUACGGCCCUUUGGGUGUGGGGAAUGUGGGAAGGGCUUCCGUGACAGCUCUCGCCUCAUCAUCCACCAGACAACGCACACUGGGGAAUGCCCCUACACGUGCUCAGAAUGUGGGAAGAGCUUCAUCGAGAACUCCAGCCUGAUUGCCCACCAGAGGAUCCACACUGGGGACAGGCCCUACAAGUGCAGGGAAUGUGGGAAAAGCUUCAGGCAGAGCUGCCAUCUGAUUGCCCACCAGAGGAUCCACACUGGGGAGAGGCCCUACGAGUGUGGGGAAUGUGGGAAAAGCUUCGGCCGGAACUCCAGGCUGAUUGCCCACCAGAGGAUCCACAGUGGGGAGAGGCCCUAUGAGUGUUCUGAGUGUGGGGAGAGGUUUCAGAGCCGAUACCGUCUCCUCAAGCAUCAGCAGAGUCACACAGAAUAGAGGCCCUUCUGCUGCCCUGACUGCAGGAAGGGCUUUAAGAAAAACUCCACCCUUGUCACCCACCAGUGGAUCCACACUGCGGAGAGGCCCUGGCAGUGUCCCAAGUGUGGGAAGAGCUUCUCCCAGAACUCUGCCGUGACCCAACACCAAGGGAGGCAGCAGUAAGGGAUGCCCUACAAGUGCCCCGUGUGCAGGAAGAGCUUUGAGCGCUGCUUCAACUCCAUCUCCUAUUGGAGGCCCCGCACUGGAUGGUCCACAGUGACCCUCAUUGGGCAGAGACUUGGUCAUCCAUGGUCCAUGUGAUCCAUGUUGGGAAGACAUCUGGCUGGUGGUUUUCACAUCUUCCUGGCUCCCCUUGGGCACUUGGACGCAGCCAGAAAAAAAUCCAUUGGGAUGCAAACCGACGUCAGAAUUUCAUAGGGGACAGCACAUUUUUUUACUUUUGACACCAAAAAAGUUUCACCUUUUGCAUCCAAUCAUUUCUUUGGGUGCCAUCAAGGAAUAAUGGAUUGUAUUGGAGGUCUUUUCCAACCUGAAUCAUUCCAUGAUUCUAAUUCUCUCUGGCCCAGCAGCAUCAUCCACAGCCAAAUGGUGAUGGACUGGGGCAAAAAACAGGAUUUUGGAGACAACGGAGUGGAAACUCCUCUUAAAAAAGGUCCUUUCUACCCACCCAGGCACAUGGAUUCUCAGCCAGCAUGGACACAUAAAUGCGUUUAUUUUGGGCUUUAUUUUCUUUCAUUUUUCUUCAUCCCUUCACCCAAAGAUUGGGGUAAAAUAAAGACAU